CUGACGGAUUUUGCCACUAGGAUUGGUCUGACAUUUAAUUAACGACUUCUUUCUUUCUCAACCGCUUACUUUCACACCUGUUCAACACUAUGACCGAGAAAAGCAACGUCGCCAGCCCGUCGGUCGCUCAACCAUCCCUGUUGCGAAAAAUUACUGUAUGGGUUCCGGUCCUCGCCUGGGUUGCAUUUCGAGUUUUGGACAAAGGUGACUUCACCCCUUACUCGUGCGCAUUAGCAGGCUUCAACUGUCCUGACCCAACCUCGACGGUGAGCGGCUUCGUUGCCCCCGAGUAUGCACAUGUAAAGGACCUGAUGCUCGACAACAUUAUCAAAGGCGACGACGUAGGUGCCGGCGUUGCACUGUACGUCGACGGACAAUUGAAAAUGGAUAUGUAUGCAGGGUGGAUGGACCGCGAAACCAAUCUCGUAUAUACCAACGAAACCUUACAGAUGGUAUUUUCAUGCAGCAAAGCUAUGACCGGCAUCGUUAUUGCGCGACUUGUGGAUAAAGGUCAUUUAUCCUACGAUCAAACAAUUGCCACCUACUGGCCCGAAUUCGCUCAAGGGAACAAGGAGAAUGUCACUUUGAAGGACUUGAUGGAACAUGCAGGUGGUGUCGCGUGGUUAGAGCAGCCGUUGAAGGUGGAUGAUUUCAAAGACAGAGAAAAGUUUUCCAGCAGGUUAGCCGCCCAGCCUCAUAAUUGGAAUGGAACGAAGACGAGAGCUUAUCAUGCAUUGACUCGUGGAUGGUAUUUGAACGAAAUUGUUCGUCGCGUCGACCCUCAACACCGAACAAUUGGCCAAAUUGCCCGAGAAGAAAUUAAUCAUCCGUACAACGUUGAGUGGCACUAUAACCCUGGACCCGAGAUGGAUCAUCGUAUCGCCACACCCUACCAUACCUCAAUGCAUCAAUUGGUACGCCGCAUGGUCACUCCGGCUUGGCUGUGGAAGAUUGCUGAACCUGUACCUGAAGCGUUCCUUGGUACAACCCAAAAUAACAGCCCGGGAAAGAGAGCUAUAAUUGAAGCAGCUCCAGAGAAAAGAAACAUUCUUCUUCUUCAGAAAUCAGACCUCAGGCGUUACGAAAGCCCUUCCUUCUCUGGCCACACCAAUGCGCGCUCGAUUGCCAAAAUGGCUGCCAUGAUGGCAAACCGAGGUCAACCCAUUGAAAAUGGCGAACCGUCGCUUCUGUCCGCCAAUACCUUUGAUUAUGCAACAACAACUGAUAUGACUGACAUGGACGAAGUUCUGAAAAUCAAUCCUUCCUUGACCGUAGGAGGUUGGGGAGUCAUCGAGAUGUUUAACACGACUUUCAUGGGUUGGACGGGUGCAGGAGGUAGUUUGUUUUACUGGAACGAAGAGUUCAAGAUUGGAUUUGGCUAUUGCAUGAACAGCUAUCGAUACACACUGGGAGGAGACCGUCGAAGCAAGAGAAUGCUCGAGGCGAUUGUCACGGAACUCAGACGACAAAAGGAGAACAAGUAAAACGUCUAUUUAACAGUAAUAAACAGAACGUCUUUUCCAUCGAUGAGUGUAUACAGAUUUAU